AUGGCGCCCAGCUUGAUUCACACCACGACUACCGAUUCUUACAACUCUGAGGGCACUCUUUCGAACUGCAGAGAUGGUGUGAUUCCGAGUCCUUCGGCCUUUGAUACUGGUUCCACCAUUCCUCUCUGGCUUAAUGGUGAGCAAGUCGAGCUGUCUGAAACCUUCGAUGUGAUAUCCCCCCAAAAUCAGAAAGUUCUAUACAAGUGCUCCUCUGCCAGCGAGACAGAUGUCGAGAGAGCGGUUGCUUCAGCACAGGAGGCAUUCAAGGCCUGGUCCCAGACGAAGCCCAACUUUCGAAGAGACAUUUUCUUGCGCGCAGCCGACAUCUUUGAGAAGCGAAUGCAGGAAUUAGGCCACUACAGCCAGACCGAGACUGGGGCGCUGCCGUCCAUGUUCUCGCUUGAGCACGGUCUUGCUGCAGAUGCAUGUAGGAGCGUCGCGGGUCUCAUCCAGAUCGCUACGGCUUCUUCGGUCCUUAACCCAGCAGAACACGGGAGCAACGCGAUCACGGUUAAACAGCCAUAUGGGGUGGUCUUGGCCAUAUCUCCUUGGAACGUCCCCAACGUGCUCGCCCUCAGGGCUUGCUUGCAGCCGUUGGCCAUGGGUAACACGGUGGUGCACAAAGGGCCCGAAUUAGCUCCCGCUACUCACUGGGGCGUUGUCUCCGUUCUCCACGAGGCCGGCCUUCCGGCAGGGUGUUUGAACACCAUCUACCACCGUCCGGCCGAUGCUGGCAAAAUAACCAGCGCGCUCAUUGCCCACCCUGCGAUCAAGAAGAUCAACUUCACCGGCUCGACCUCUGUCGGCGCCAUCAUCGCCUCACAAGCUGGAAAGUAUCUAAAGCCGACCGUGAUGGAGCUUGGAGGGAAAGCCCCCUCGAUCGUGUGCGAGGACGCCAAUAUCCCAUACGCGGCCCAACAAUGCGCCCUAGGCGCCUUGCUUCAUGCCGGGCAGAUCUGUAUGUCCACGGAGAGAAUUAUCGUCCACGUCCGGAUCGCCGACCAGUUCCGGGCCGCCCUCAAGGACACCAUCGACGAGAUCUUCACCGAGAAGGGCAUCGGGGCUCCCCGACUGGUAUCUCUCCCGGCAGUCAACAAGACGAACGCCCUGGUCGCCGAUGCUCUCUCAAAGGGCGCUACAGCUCUCUGUGGCGGCCCGGCCGCGAAUACCGCCAACAACGACGUCGUCACCGACCGUGCCGUUGACACAAAACUGGCGCCCACUGUGCUUCAAGACGUGGCACCGGGAAUGGAUAUCUACUACACCGAAUCCUUCGGGCCGACCGUGUCUCUCUAUGUCGUCGACUCGGACGACGAAGCCAUCAGACUGGCAAACGACACGCAACAUGGCCUCUCGAGCGCUGUCUUCACAGAAGACUUAAGGAGAGGGUUGGGUAUCGCUAAGAAGAUCGAGACCGGAGCCGUGCAUAUCAAUUCUAUGACAGUCCACGACGAACCGGCCUUGCCUCAUGGGGGAGUGAAAGCCAGCGGUUGGGGUCGAUUCAAUGGCCUGCAGGGCCUCGAGGAGUGGGUCUUCACCCAGGUCGUGACCUGGAAGGAUAGAGACUAUUAUGCGGGCAAGAACAUUGCAUCAUAUAUGAAAUGGUGA